GCCGGGCUCCCUGCCCCCGUGCAGCUCCCCACUGCUUCAUCAACAACCAGUACCUGAUGCCGGAGAACGUGGUGGAGGAGAAGACGAAGGGGCUGGACCUGAACAUGGUGAUGGCGGAGAUCCGGCGAGAGGGGCAGCCUGCCCAGCAGUGGAGGUACUCCGAGGUCUGCUUCCUGGAGCUCGACAAGUUCCUGGAGGACGUCAGGAAUGGGAUCUACCCGCUGAUGAACUUCGCUGCCACCAGGCCACAGCUGCUGCCGCGUGCACUCUCUCAGCCUCAGGAGGACCCCCAGAAAGCCAAGACCCCCACCCCGGAGCCCUUUGAUGUGGAGACAAGGAAGGUGGUGCAGAUGCAGUGUAGCAUGGAGCUGAAUGAAGAGAAGGCCCAGUGGCACCUCACGCUCUUGCUAACCCUGGAGGACAAGCUGCACCGGCAGUUAAGUUACGACCUGCUGCCAACCUGGUGCCCAGCUGCGAAGCGCCGGGGAAGCAGGAGAGUUCUCCCAAGACAGCAGCCGUCAUCUGCAGCUUUCGUGAAAGGGAAGAGACCUCGGGAGGGUGACGAGCAGCCCUUGUCAGCUGACAGUUCCAAGGGCUUGGCCUCAGAGCUGGUACACUACGGAUUCAUCCACGAGGAUGACUGUGAAAUGCUGGCCAACUUCCUAGAAAAUGCCUUCCACAAGCACCGACCUCCCCCCUUGUGAGCCACCUGAUGAGUUCUGGGCAGACGGGUCCACCCCAUGAGGAUGGGAGCUGCACCAGGCCAGAAGGAAUCAGACUUCCUGCUGCAGGGGACGCUUGCCGUUCAGGCCCCGCUGUGUCUCUGUUGGCCUGCGGUUCAGGUGACAGUGGUAAGAAGAGGAAGGACCAGCAAACUUGAGACCUUUGGCACGUGUCGUGGUUACCGGAACCUACCAAGGCUGUCUUCUCUAGUCUGCUUAUGAGGGAAGCCAGGGCAAUCUGCGGUGGUUGUAGUAGUGGAAGAUUGUGCAGGAAGCUUCUGGCUGGCAGGGUUUUUGAAGAAGCAAAGCUGCUGCAAGAGCCCACAAUCAGUCAUUUACCUCUGGGGGCAAGAAGCACUUUCCCCGAGGGCCCCAGGGGCCAUCCCAUCGCCCCCCAGGUGGAAGUGAUCACAGCAGGGAGUGAAAAAGAGGGGGGAGUGCAGGCUUGGGAGGAUUUUGAGCAGUUUCCCAUUAGCUGUAUUCCACCCCUUUUCCAGGUCUGAUUCCUCCUGCUUUGGUGGAUUUGCCCAGGCAAAGGGGCCAUUGUGAUGCCUUAUUACAAGCACUGGGCCCCCAGUGCUAAGCUGAGGAGAAGCCAUUGUGAGUUUGACUGACAUGGCACGGGAAGAAACCACAGGAAUCCCGAACAAUCAGGUAGUUGAUAAAACAUGGACCAAGAGAAGAACCACUGGUGCUGAGCACAGCCUCUCGCAUUCCAGAAUUUCUCUUUUAGCCUUCCACAAAGUCCCUGAGUCCUGGGGGCAGCCCUGAGAUCUCUCCCCUCCCUGCUUCCCCUGUGACAUGUGAAAUUUCCAUUAUUCACUGGGAGAAUGGGGGCAAGUAGCUCCUGACUUGUCAGCUUGGAGAUUGGUGUUGUCUGCAACUGGGAAUUCUUUGUGUACCAAACGCUGCUGCUUUGCCUACACCUCGCUGCUCUGAGUGCUCUGUUCACACUGUGCCACAUGGCCCAUGCUGCAUGCGACGUUGGCUUUUUCACACCGCGCCGGAUUCCCCCUCUAGUACUGGCUGCGUGUGCUUUGCCGUGCAGCAUGGACAAUCGCGCAGUAUGCUGAGUUUGCAAUGCUAAGGUGCUUUGCCAAGCUCUGCUAGCUGCUUUGCUUGUGGGUUUCCCAAGCUGUGCUGAUGUGCUGACUUUGCAGAUUUCAAUAAAUCCGUUGCCAAGAACAACCCCCAUCACAGCACAGAUAACUGAGCAAGUCAUCAAGUCUUUGUGGAUUGGCUUCUCUCUCCAUUACACAGAAAAGGGGUAAGGUAGCUUCCUCCUUGUCCAAUUGGCUUAUCCAGAAAGUCAGGUACACUGAAAAGCUGAACAAAUUAGGUGGAGAAACAUUCUCCUGCUGCUCAGUUCUGCUUGUGCCAGCACAAGUCUGGGCAUACGCCUAUGGAAACACUGAACAGUUUCCUUGUGUAGUGUCUGCUUCCCAUCCCUGCUGGAGCAAUUCGCUCUAGUUCAGCCCUAAGAUUUCCCCGUGUGGAUUGCUUUGUGCAUCUGACAAGUUACAGCUUGAUUUCUCAGAGGACUUUCCUCCCAGUGACUCUGCAGUGAUGUAUUCGCUAGCGAACCUCUGCACACAGCACAAAGCACAGGAUGCAUUAGGCAAGCACCAAGGAUGGCCCCAGGUUGAGGAAUGAAUCUCAGCUCCCUGGUACAACCCAACCAAACCCAGCAGCCAGUCUGGGCAGCACUGCAGACUGUGACGUGUCUUUCCCACCACGCCCCCCUCCUCCAAAGUAUUUUGUUCUGGUGGAAGAACUCCCUACAAGUAUCCAGUGCAAAAGACCCCAAAGGGCUCAGCUCCAGAGUCUGUGUCUCUAGACAAGAGCUCCCGACGUGGGAGGAGCUAGGACCACUCCCACCAUGUUCGUAUGCAGUUCCCUCUUAUGGUAACAAGCAGCAGUUCCCGCUCACCGGUCUGCGGGGGCUCUGGGGGCCGGGCUUGGGGUACACUGCCCAUGGCUGUUGGGAGAGGCGUGUCCUGCCCCCCCCUCAGCACUGGGCAGAGGCAGUGUCCUCCUAGAUGUGGAAGAGCAAUUCGCUGUGCAGCGGGAGGGCCGCACACAGCCUGGCACAGCAGCACAGGGCUAGGUGAGGGAGGCUCUCAAAGGCAGGGGAAAGCACUGGGGGGCUCUAGGGAUGAUAUUGGGGGCUGGCACAGGGAGGGAAUAUGGGGGGUUGGGUGCAGUGUUCCCGCUAAGAUUUCCCAUCUGGGAGCGGAGUGAGUUUUGUCUUGUGCACCAGCAUUGACAUCAUGUGCGUUUGUUGGGCUGUGCACCGCUCUGGCCCCCACCAGUUACUAACACACGCACACGGUUUAAAUCGGUAUAGAAGAACAAAUACUAACCCAAGGGAUAAUUAACAAGGUGCAUGGCAGGGGCAGGGCUGAGGCACCUAGCAUUCUAUUUCAAGAGUGCAAUGUGAUUUGCUUUUGUGAGCCUGUGGAUCAUGCUGUAGGUGCGGAAAGGAGCGUCCGAAAGGAAAACUUGUAAUUCUAUGUGAGAAUAGAGGGACUGAGUCCCAGUCUACUAA